GAUAGAACACGUAAACUAGGAAGUGGAACGCAAGACACUACGUCCCCCUACAUUGAAUGACAAUGAUCAGCGAAAUACAGAAGCUUGGUGCUGGUUUGGUUGGAUUUGGCGUUUUCUUUCUAAUAUUUGGCAUUUUACUCUAUUUUGACAGUGUUCUGUUAGCUUUUGGAAAUAUUUUGUUCCUCUCAGGCCUUGCCCUCAUUAUAGGCCUCAGACGGACUUUCAGUUUCUUCUUCCAGCGACACAAACUGAGGGGCAGCUCCUUCUUCUUAGGAGGAGCUCUGCUGGUCCUUUUCCGCUGGCCACUGAUAGGAAUGCUGUGUGAAUUCUAUGGCUUCAUCAGUCUUUUCAGAGGAUUCUUCCCAUUAGUAUUUGGAUUCCUGGGAUCUCUAGGCAAUAUUCCUUUACUCACCAAGCUUUUUCAGAGCCUGGCAGGAGGUGAUACGACCAUGGUAUAACCCUACUAAGACAAGCCCAAACCCACACUCACAAGUUCAAGCUUACAACCUGCUGUCUUUUGUUAAUGCAGUAUAAACCUUUGUGCGAGCAGGACUACCUGCAUCUACAUGUAUAUCCACCAUAACACUCAACAUCUAUGUCUAGAAUUCUGUUUUACAAAGUAGUAUUUAAUAUGGAAAUAAAACUUAUACCAGUGUUGGAAAAGUAUUAUGUGAACCUCUGCUACAUAUCAGAAAGGUGCUUUCUGUACUCCUCCAAGGGAACAUUUUGCCUCUAAAAUCUAUAUUUCAUCCGUAUUAUAUCAGUUUAGUAAUAGUGAAAUUAUGCUGCUCACACCUACUUGUGUCGUUACAGUGUAUAAGAGCUCCAUGGUGCAGAUUUAUUAAUAAAGGCUUAAAUAGUGGAAGACUAGACUACAUUUACAUGGCCAAUUUUAGAGACAAUUCAAGUCUAUGGGUCUAUUCACACAGCUGCUUUUUUAAUGGCCAGUGAAUAGCGGCCAUCAUGGCCAGAUGGACCCCAUUGAAAUCAAUGGGACCAUUUUUGAUGGCUGUUUAGAGAGGAGUGCACCCAUCUAACAGCUGUCAAAAAUGGGUACAAAGGAGGUUCAUGGGUUUAAAUAAAAAAAUAUAUACUCACCUCAUUCUCUUGAACGCACAGGGAUACUGUCUCCUCACUGGAUGCAGCAUGAAAGAACCUGCAUUCCCAGCAUGAUUUCCAGGCUUUCACAUCCAGUGAGGAGCGAGUGUCAUUGCAUGUUCAAGAGGAUGAGUUGAGUAAUUUUUUUAAUACAAAAUAAAUGUGGGCCAAUGGGGGCAUUAAUAAUACUGGAGGCCACUAAUGGGGACAGUAUUAAUACUGGGGGCCACUAAGGAAGGCAUUAUUAAUACUGGGGGCCAAUAAUGGGAGAAUUAUAAAUAAUGGGAGCCAAUAAGGGAGGCAUUAUUAAUAAUGGGGGUCACUAAUGAGGACAUUAGUCAUACUGGGGGCACUGUAGGGGACUGCAGGUUUUUGUUAUUUUUUUAAAAAAUAAGCCAAUUGAAUUCAUCUGUUUUUACUGGCCGUUUUUAACAGUCAUUAAAAACAAAUGUAAAACAGCAGUUAAAAAUGGCCAGAUGGACAGAAAACGGAUACAGAAAUAAUCUAAAAUUGCCAUGAGACAUGUAUUGUGUGUACGUUUUUCAUGGUCAUUUUUUUCACUGUUGUGUGAAUGUCGCCUAAAUCUUGAGGAGCUACACUGAAGUUUGGCAAAUAUAUUGAGGUGCAUGUUUGACAGUUUUGGCUUUGUUAUGGAAUGGCCACACGGUUAGGUUUCUGCAUGCAGUUUUGAAAGACAAACCCCGUAGUGAAUUAAAGAAAGAGAAGUCAUAUUUGUUCUUUACACUUUUCUCUCCUUUUAUUCCCAACUUAUGAUUUUGGCUUCCAAAACUGCAUGCAGAAACCUGACCAUGUGACCAUACCCUUAGACUCAUUUCUCUUCUUUACGCCAUGUCUUGGGCGAUAUACUUCAGACCAUUUUUUUCGUGAUCCAAAACUGGUGCAUCACAUUAAUAAAACUGAUGCAUUUUGGGUUUUUGACAAAGACAGCCAUAUUCUAACUAUACUACCUAACAUGACAAGUGUGUCGGAAAUGAAUAAUUUUUUGGCCCAAAACUAUAACUGCGAAAAAUAGAAAAUGUAUUAAACAUUUGAUUCAAGUAAGAAACAAACAAUAACCACAGGUUGUCAGCGUAGCUGAAGAAUAUAUAUACAGUUCUAUAAUUAAUUGCUCCACCUAAUUUUUUCUAUUUUUGUUAAUUGGUCAUAUUUAAAGGGUUGUCCCACAGAAAAUUUACUACAUUUUUUAAAGCAGCAUCGGAAUCUAAAUGCUUUUGCAAUUAAAAAUGUUGUCAUAAAAAUUUUUGUAUAGCCACUGAGUUAUUUAAUAAAAUGUAUCUGUAUAGCGCCA